AUGCAACGCUUUGAAGAGCUGCAGCCACAAAUUGCACAGCUCCCACCGACCGAGCUGCAAGAAAUUGCGACUCCUGCGCAGAAGCUCCAUGAGCGUUUUGAGAACAUGCAGAAGAAGCUAGUUGCCAAUGGCAAUGCCAACGCAAACCCAGAGUUGGAAGAGGAAGCCAUUACCUUCCACAGAGACUUGGCCGUCUUUGUCAAUGGGGUUGCCAAAAGGUUUGGCAUCACAGGCCCCAGAGGGCUGCCUGGAGCACCUGGAGCAGGGUCGUUUGCUCCAGUGUCGCUCGGCAGCCUGCCUCGGAAGUCUCAAGGUGCAGGUGUAGCCGGUGGAACCGGUCCAGCCUCACCUGCGACUGAACAGCGAUUGCAGGCUGCAAUGCAGGCCAUUCAGUCGGGGAUGCAACGCUUCGAGGCCUUGCACUCGAAGCUCCCGAAUUUGCCGCCUCAGGUUUUCAACCCUCUAGCCGAUCAAGCACAAAAGCUGCAUGAAGAAUUCCUUCGUUUGCAGCAGAAAGGGAUGCAGCUCACUAGUGGCCAGUUGAUGCUGGAGGCGGAUGCUGCACCCUAUGCCGAUGAGCUGGAAUCGUAUGUGUCAAGGCAGUUGACCUUCGUGGGUGAUGCCGAGUAUCAAGUUAAGCAGGCUGCAGGUGGCCUGGGAGGCUAUCAAGGGAUGCUGGGUAGUCGGUUGCCCACUGGCACCACUGGCCCCUCAGUCCCACCGCAGCCAAUGCCGCCCUUGGGAUCGUUCGGAGCAGCUGCGCCUGUCCGUGGACAGGCCGCAUGGUGUGUGUCGGCUCUUCCAAAUCAGAUGCCUGGCCCUGUUUUUGAGGUGACACCAGACACUGAUCGACGGCUGUCCGCUGUGAUUGACAAGGAACGCUACGUCGAGCAGGCGAAGCAGGCGCUGAAGGCUGCCCCACAAGGCCUCAGUUCAGAUUGGGGUCACCAGGGUCGUCUCACCGUCUUGGGGCUUGAAUUUCACAAAACGGGCCGGAGUGUUCAAGUGAUCAUGGCCUUUACAAGAGGACUCCUAGGCUUCCGAGUCCUUUGUCCCAAGUCUUCUUGCAAGUUUGCAAGGUCAAGUUGGCCAAAGUGGCCAAGGUGGUCUUGGCAGUGCGAGGCUUGA